AUGGCAUUGCGACAGCUUCUUCCCCCUGUGUGCCUCGCCAUCAUAGCAAGCUGCCGGUUUCAGCUGGAGAAUCAACUCAGUCCCUGGUGCGUUGGUGUGAGCUUGGAAUCCAGGAGGCGGGCCAACCAGGUCAUUGCUAAACGCUGCGAUGCUAGUGAUGACUCGCAGCUUUGGGAGUGGAAGGAUGGGGCACAGCUCUGGAAUCUAGCGACCGACAAAUGUUUGGCCAUUCAGUCAGGCGGUGAUGGUUGGGCCUACGUCGAGACAUGCCGGAACCCGUUUCUGUACGACGAGCAUAAUUGGGCUAAUACGAGCUAUCAGGCUUUGUUGAGCGCAAGAACCGGCCAGUGCUUGGAUAUUCAAGGGGACCCUCCCAAUGUGGAGGGAGCUCAUCUAGGCGACUGGCCCUGUGAGACGCGACCCGGGAACACGGAUCAUCGAUGGAGACAGGUGCCUAAAGACUAUUUCUGCGAAGAUUUCGGAGAUGACGUGUGCAUGGCAGCCUUGGGUGAAGGCUACUUCACUCGUCGCGACAGAUCCAGCUCCUGCCGACGGCGGCAGUGCACUACAUCCGCUUGUUGUGAGUUGCACACCUGUUACGCCGCAGCCUGCGAGAACAUGGGCCAACUGAAGGCGCAUCGUCGUCGUCGUGUUUCAUGUGCGGAAUACACCUGCUCCGUGCAGGGAUGCUGUGAUCGCACCUGCAUGCACCAUCAGUCCUGUCCCAACGGUACUGCUGUUCACGAUCCGAAUAUGACCUGCGGGUUGAAUGAAGAGGGUGUCGACGACAUCGGAAACUGCACGGAGCAGUGCUGCACAAACUACACCACCACCCUCACUAGCACUACCCAAACCUUCACGACCCGGACCUUGACCAGCACUACUGGCUGUAUCGAGCAUGCGGACUGCCGUGGACGAGCUGCUUCCGUCGGGGGGGCCACAGUAGCCGCAAGCUUCUGUGACACAAGUGCUCUUCCAGGACAAUGUGUACCCAACCCAGCCACUUUUUUCAUGAGCAGUCUCGCUUCAUGGCAUCUGGCUGCACAGCUGAAUACUCUCCAAGGUGCCGCCAGCGCCACAAUUCAGUACACGUACGAAGCAUCAAUGAGGAGGGAAUCUGGGGAGGAGGUGUCACGGGAAGAUGCUCAGGGUGUGGAGGAAGCGACCGAAACGUCGCUCAGUUUUGUCCUCUCGACGACGGUGCACAAGGAGGCCAAAAACUGUUUGGAGAGGCUGGAGCAAGUCGUCCGGAAGGACUGCGGCCAGGAAGCGGAGCCAGGUUUCGGUCAAGCUCUUCGCGAAGGCAUUUCGGCUGUAGGGGGCGUUGCCGCCGUGGCUGCCGGGGCUUUCCCUGUGGCUUCAACAGUUGUUCAAGCAAUCUCGGCAGUUGCGGGACCCAUUCUCGGUUUGUUCGGUAUUAAAGAGGAGGAGUGUAACCCAGUCACCCUUGCCGAGAAGACCACCAGGUGCGUCACAGACGGUACCUCAGAGACACGCUCGACAGAGGAGCAGGAGGCAUAUACCCGAGCAAAGCGUUCCACCACCACGGACGUGAAGCGCCUGGCGGAGAAUGUCGGGAGGGGUGAGACGAUCAGCUGUGCGGUCACAGCUCCCCAAGGCGUUACGCUUUGGCAGCUGUACCUCCACACUCCGGCAGCCGACAUGGUCAAUUCCGUGAACUCGCGGCUCUGCAUUUUCUGCAUGACGUGGGGAGAUGUGCCGAAGGAUCCCCCUGGUGUUGCACACUGCGGCUCCGGGCAAGAGCAAAUCUUUCCAGGGAGCUCCACUGCAAGCCCCUCGCAAGCCCAAAGACCAGGCCAGGUUGCAGUGAACGGAAGCAGACGGUACCGUGGCAGCAACGCAUUGGCUCUGAGCUCAUGGCUCUUCCUGCAGCUUUGGCUGUAG